CUCUAUCACAAAGACGCUUGUAGCAGUCAAAACCUAUAUCAUGGAUGAAAAAGACCGCACGAUUUGGGUUGGGAAAUUGCAUGACCGAGUUACCGAGCCUCUUUUAUACGAGUUAUUUUUACAGGCCGGUCCCCUGGAAAAAGUCAAACUAGCUACAGACAAAGAAGGGAGGACAAAGGGAUAUGCUUUUGUCACAUUCAAACAUGAAUGUUCUGUUCCCUACACAAUAGAACUGAUGAACGGCAUUGAACUUUUCGGCAAUAACCUACGCUUACAAACGAGAACAGGGUCCUCCAGUAGCGUUACGUAUGACGGGGGAAGUGCAGCACAGUCCUCCUCGUAUAACAGUCCCUUGCCAAGUGGAAACUCGCACGACAACAGGUCUCCAGCUGGUCAUCAUCAACACAACCUUCAAAGGUCUGCAACCUGGCAUGGGAAUACACAGCCAAGUGGACGAAGCCCAGAUGUCAAUUUUAGAAACUUGCCCAACAUGCAACCGCAGGUAAUGACAGCUGUGUCAUUUCAACAGAGACGAGAACGAGUGUUUCAGCAGCAAAACAUACAGUUGGAGAUUCACCGUCAGCAGGUGAUACAGAGACUGACCGCACAGCCGAUACCACAAUCCAACCCUUAUGGCCGCUCAAGUCGGCCGUGGCAACAGGCUCCUUAUAGACGUUACUGAUAUAUACCGCACUCCAACCAAUAUGGCCGCUCAAGUCGGCCGUGGCAACAGGCUCCUUAUAGACGUUACUGAUAUAUACCGCACUCCAACCCAUAUGGCCGCUCGAAUCGACCCGUGCCAACAGGCUCCUUAUAGACGUUACUGAUAUAUACCACACUCCAACCCAUAUGGCUGCUCAAGUCGGCCGUGGCAACAGGCUCCUUAUAGACGUUACUGAUAUAUACCACACUCCAACCCAUAUGGCCGCUCAAGUCGACCCGUGGCAAUAAGCUCCUUAUAGCCGUUACUAAUACCACACACUCACUUUUCUCCCACUCAAGUGGCAACAAGCUUUGUACAGACAUAUUACUGAAACCACACUUGAAGCCCUAUUGCCACUCAGGUCGGCCCUGGCAAAACGCUCUUACAUGUACUACUGUAUUUAUCAAUAGGAUCCACAAUGACACUCCAAACAAACAGGUCUACCGGAACACUGAUACAUACUACAUUCCCCAAACCCUACUUUUUCAUACCUUACUGAAACUUGCAAAGAAACACUACGCUCUACCCCUUCAUUGCAUUCAGAUUCAUACUUACUACUUUGUAUCUAAACUUUCAAUCAUCAUAUCAUCUCUAAUAAAUCAUUGAUAUUAAUCUCGGAUUAGCUCAUGUCAUGUUCGCAAGAGACAUGGAUACUGAGCUUGUCACUGGUAGAGAUAAUCUGUUUGUGUGCGAAAAACUAAAUAGGCAUCCCAAAAGUGUUCAGAUAUACAGCAAUGUAGUCGUGUUAAUUUGGCUUUUUUCAUUGAAAUGAUAAUUCAUUUAUCUUAUUUCAUUCAAGUGGUCAUCAAAUAAAUGAAGAAUCUUUAUUUUCAAGAUUUGUCCAAUUCACAGGGAUGUGUAGAUGUUGAGCUUGUAAUCUGUAAAUGAAAUAACAUUCUCAUUCUAAUUAAGUGAAAGAUGGCCAGACGCUGGUUUUACUUUGAGACUUAAUUUCCUAGAAUAAGCCUGCUUUUUAAAUGAGAUUUUAAACGGAAAAAAAAUGCAAAUUUUAGCAAACUACCAUAGUAUGGGAGAAAUAGAGCAAUUAUGCCCCCUUGAUCAUUAACUAUUUUGCUAAAUAUAUAUACAUGUAUAGUGCCUGUGAAGAAUUAGUCGGUUUAAGAAUUUAUUUCCAAAAAAUCAUCUUGUGUUUAAUAUUUGAUAAAUGUAGUUCUGAUACAACUCAGUUAUAAAAGAUGUUAGAAUGUUUGUGUAAAGUUUGUAUAGAAUCGGUCAGGGUCUGGCUAAGAGAUCAAGGGGCCAAUGUUUUAACAUGGGUUUUAUGUUUUUAUGUAUUUUGACAUUAAAUAUGUUUGUACUUGUU